CUCAAUUUUGUAUUUCUUCUUCUUCUUCCAGCCGACGUAGCUUGCAGCCAUGGUUCAUGUCAGUUUUUACCGCAACUAUGGGAAAACAUUUAAGAAGCCUCGUCGUCCAUACGAGAAGGAGCGUUUGGAUGCAGAGCUGAAGCUUGUUGGUGAAUAUGGUCUCCGAUGCAAGAGAGAGCUCUGGAGGGUGCAGUAUGCAUUGAGUCGUAUUCGUAAUGCUGCUAGAAAUCUUCUCACCCUAGAUGAGAAAGACCCUCGCCGAAUCUUUGAGGGUGAAGCCCUUCUACGCAGGAUGAACAGGUACGGGCUUUUGGACGAGAGCCAGAAUAAGCUCGAUUAUGUCUUGUCGCUUACUGUGGAGAACUUCCUCGAACGCCGCCUCCAAACUCUUGUGUUCAAGGCUGGUAUGGCCAAGUCAAUUCAUCAUGCCCGAGUGCUUAUCAGGCAGAGGCAUAUUCGGGUUGGGAGGCAGGUGGUUAAUGUUCCAUCCUUCAUGGUGAGAGUCGACUCGCAGAAGCACAUUGACUUCUCCCUCACUAGUCCUUUCGGUGGUGGUCGACCUGGAAGAGUGAAGCGAAAGAACCAGAAAGCUGCUGCCAAGAAGGCAUCUGGCGGUGAUGGUGAUGAAGAUGACGAGGAAUGAACAUUUUCAACAAUUAGAAAACUGAAGCACCAUGUUCCUUGAAAUGUGGUUUUCGUUCUAAACCGAAACUCUCUGAAUUUUGUCUUGACAAAUGGUAGCGUGUGUUUUGCUUGUGUUUCACUAAUGGACUGUUUUCUCUUUUAUUUUUUUGGUUGGGAUUGUAUGAAGAUGGAUUUAUAUAAUUUCAUUUCAUCCACUUUUCAUCA